AAUAUCCCCCUUUCAGCAUGAUAACACGUAUUUCAUGCAUUUCACCGCCAGAGUGCAACACAUGUUUGUUGACGCCGAAUUUGGUUAAAUCAAAAUUUCCAUUUUCCAUUCAUUUUUCAUUUCUUGUUUUCACUUGCCAAAUUUUCUUAUCAGGUAGCAAGUGGAAUUUUUUUUUUCAUUUUAUAAUUUUAUCACUCACUACUUAGUAAAUGCGGUGGAAAAUUUGAAAAUUUAAAUGAGUUAACAUUAAAAAUAAGCCAAGAGUUCUGUAUUAUUUAUGAUAUACCUGUGCUUUCAGUCUGUUGGUGAUAUUUUUCAUUAUUUUAUUCUUCAUCCGUGUACAAUAGAGUAUCAAUAUCAUGAAUAAUCUCAGCUACCUUUUAUGCCGGGUCAAGCCAGUAUCAUUAUUUCGAAACUAUCAAAAAAUUCGCCAACUAUAUAGUUCUGCAUCGAUUGGUGUGGAAGACUACAUUGCUGCAAGGAAAAGAUAUGACGAAAACUUUGAAUUGAAUGCUUCUCGAUUUCGAAAAAAAAUGCAAGAAGUCUGUCGAGAUGAUGCUCCUCCUACUUCAUUGAUUUUUACUGAAGAUUUGAAACAAAUGGUACAUAUAGCGAAAGACAAUUCCGAAGAUGUGGAACUCGUAGAAAAAAUGCUUUCAAAGUUUCACGCUCAAAACUCUCAUUUACGUUUUGGAUCCUAUGUUUUUGGUCCAGUUGUUAUGCGGAUGUUUCAUUAUUUGAAUAAACCUGAUGAAGCUUUGAAGGCGUACAAAGACGAUAAAAUGAACGGGUUUUUUGAUCAGCUUUCUUCUCAUAUUGUAUUGAUGGACUUAUUAUUUAAUAAUAAAAUGUAUUACGACGUAAUUGAUGUUUACAAAAUUAUGGUAUCCAAGCAAUUGUCUUUCGGAACCCAUCCCAAAAGUGUUAUGGUGCUGGUGUUUGGAGCAUAUUACAAAUUGAAUACGCCAGAACAUUACGACGAAGCCGUUCAACUCUUUAAUAAAUUGAAUGAAAGAGGUCAUUCGCCUCUGCGGAGAGUGACUACUUUUAUGGCAGCUUUAGCUUUGAAUCAAAAUAAUCCUCAUCUGAGUCUUGAAAUUAUUUCUACGUUACCAAAUCAGCUGUAUGUUCUAGUGAGAUGCAUCAAGGCUUUGGCGUUAUGUAAUUUGGACAGAAUAGAAGAUGCUAUUUCGGUGAUCAAAACUGUUCUUAAAUUCGAUGCACCAAUUCAAACUACCCACACAUUUCCUAGCGAUGUGAUUGAAAAAGUUGGAGAGGCUGUGGAGAAAUCGGGAAGCAAACAAUUGAUGACAGAUUACGAUCGUAUUUGUAAACAGUUGAAAGCUCAGAAUCAUAUUGUGGAGAAAACAUUGGACGAUUUAUUGUGUUCAGAAGUCGUUGUGACACCUUCUGUAAGCAAGACGCAAACAACUUUAAACAUUGCCAUGGAUAAUACUCAUGCCAACCAUAAAAAAGCAGUUAGGAAUUAUUAUAGACCGGGUUUAGAGGAAGCAGUGUAGGAAUCUAAAUAUUCAGAUGAAAUUUUGUUCUGAAACGGAAUAAUGAGAAACACAUUAUUCGCGUUCGCCGAUAAUGCGAAAAAUUUGUCAAUAUCUUUUUUUUGUCGUACUAGAAUGUAGUCCAUAAAGAUAAUUCAAGUUCAAUAAAUUCCCGGUCAUAUCGUCAACUAAUAAUUAGGUAUUGUUACUAUGAAAAAAAAUGUACGAAAUCAUCUCCCAUGAUAAUGAACAUCAAGUAUCUAGAAGAUAUUAAUUUUUGUACGUACGUAAAUUGAGGAUUUUUAAAAAUAAAUGAAAUGAAUGAUAAA